GUUUUAUGGUCAUCACUUUUGGUCCGCAGUGAUUGGGCACCGCUUGUCCUCGGUUCGCUUCAUGGCGCAGCGCGGCAGCGCUCUCCAAUGCCCCUGCGGGCGUCCGUCCAGCGGUGGUGCGGAGCAAGGGUGGAGGCCGCGGAAGCCUUGAGGAGCUUCCUGGUCUCCAAGGGUGCCGAGCUCGAUGCACAGACCUUGGGACCAGGCAUCGGGACCCAUGGCCUGGGCAUCUUUGCGCGCCGGCCCAUUGCCAAGGGCGAAGUGCUGGCGGCCGUCCCACGCUCUUUGGUCCUCGAGGUCCCCCUCGCUCCGACGACGCCCACGGUGCCCACCCUACGCCCGAGCCCGCUGGCGGGCGCGUUGCCCACGGGCGGCCGCUGGUACGACGUGCUGGGCGACGGCGCCGGGCGCGCGGCGGCGCGGCGGCUGGCGGAACGACUGCUGGAGGAAGAAGAGAAGGGCUCGAAGUCCCUCUUCGCGCCUUACAUCCAUGCGCUACCUGCCCCGCCGCAGCUGCAUCCGCUGCAGCAAGACUGGUCAGCUGAGCUGGUGGAGUGCAGCCCCAUGCUGAAGCGCCUAUAUGAGGAGGCAGCGCACUGCCACCACCUCUGCCUCUCCGCCUCCACGAGACGCGCGCAGCACAGCUCGGCGCAACUGUCUGGGGCGCUUUCGCUGGUGCUCUCGAGGAACUUCGCGUUGCAGGGCUCGGCCCUUGGAUUGCUGCCCUUCAUCGAUUUCUUCAACCACCACCGUGACGACGCUUCGACCGCUACUGCCGUGUCGACGCGAGUACCGUGCACCUUCCAAGAGAGGUGGCCUGGCAUGGUGGCCAUGGUGGCGGAGCGCUCCAUUUACCAAGGCGAAGAGCUGACCUUUCGGUACGUCGCGGCGCCUGAUUCGGUGCUCUUGGUGCAGUACGGCAUAGCUCCUGAGGGUGGCAAUCGGCAUAACCUGGCAGGUGUCGAGGUCUUCCACGACGAUGUGGCCAAGAUCUGUCGCGAGAAGUGGCGGGUCUUGCAGAGCUGGGGUUGGGAUGGCCACACGCCACUCCUCUUCACCGUCCCGGAUGGCUUGAGCUCCAGGGCACCCCUGCGGCGCUUCGCGCAAUUGCUGGCCAGUGUGGAUCAGGAAGAAUUGGCUGCAGCCACGGCUGUGCGACGUGGGCGGAGGAGUGCUCAGCCAGCGACCCCACCAGCUGCAGUCCAGCUCUUGAUCUCCUGGCUCUUGCGCGCGCGGGCGCGCAUGCGGCUGCCAGACCUGGUGAAGGAUGAGAAGGAUUGCCCGCUGAGCGCAGCGGUUGCAGCGGUGGUCGCUGGCGAGCGUGACGUGCUGGAGGAUUGCCUGCAGCAGCUUGAACAGGAGCUGCUGCUUUGGGAGCUUCGUGUUGAAAAAUCAGAACGCGCAAUUGGGGGGUGGGAAGGGGUGUCGAUUCGCCGAUCAUUCUCCACUCUGGCACUGGGGUCUAUCACCACCCCUGAAACUGCUGACGUGUGAGACUUGGCUGACGUUCCAAGAGAGGUGGAACGUGACCUGAACUAGGAUCCUGGGGUACCCAGCUGGGAGAGUCUAUACGGUUCUUCAACCUUUGUUGCUCU